UAUUCUUGCCUGUUUCACACGGAGCAUGUCAUGUGUGCAAAUAAGAAUUUGUGUAAUGCAAUGAAUAUUGACUGUAUCGUUAAAAUACAAAUAUAAGAGAGACUACGAAUAACCGUUUUUUAUUAACUUUACGUACCUUCACAACAGGCUGCUGCCACCAUAGUUAACCAGAUAGCUAGUUUGUUUAAAACUCGCUGCAGUAUGUGGACCGCCGAUGAGAUUUCCAAACUGUGCUAUCAGCGCUUCAGCGAGUUGCCCAAGAGAGGAAAGCCCGAGUCGGGCAGGGAGUGGACGCUUUUGGCCGCCGUAGUAAAGUGUUCAAUGUCCCCGAAUCAAGAGAAAGUUGAGGAGGUAGUGUCAUUGGGAACUGGCACUAAGUGUAUUGGGCGCUCAGCCAUGAGCUCAAAGGGAGAUGUGCUCAAUGACAGCCAUGCAGAAGUCAUUGCCAGGAGGGGUUGCAUUAGGUAUCUGACUGAGCAGCUGCGGAUGGCAGUAUGUGGGCAAGGCAGCACUGUGUUUUGUCAGGGAGAGGAGAUGGGAAAGUGGAAGGUGCAGACAGGGGUGUCUUUCCUGUUCUUCACAAGUCACACACCAUGUGGAGAUGCCUCCAUCAUUCCCAUGAUGAUUGACCGCCAAUCCCAACCCUGCCAACCAAUAAAGGCAGAUGCGAUAAUCCCCAAUGGAACCAAUGAAAAAGCAGAAAGAGUGAACCUGAAACGCAGAGCGGAGACACAGACUGAUGGGAUCAAUAAGCAUCCUCGAUUAGAAGAACCGGAGAAGUCAGAGGAUGAGCUACAGUGUGGUGGGAGCCUGGUUGAAAAUCUUACUGAGAGCUCUGCACAGGCCCCUGCAGAGAGUCCAAGGCCGGAGGGGGAGAAUGCGCUGACCAACGUGGUGUUAAAACAAAGGGACAAUGUUUUGACACAACAGUCUCUACAGGACAUACACCGGACAGGUGCUAAGUGUGUCCCUGGAGGACCAGAGGAUCCCCUUCAGCCCGGGUUAGGGUACCACAGUACUGGGCUGCUGAGAGUGAAGCCUGGUCGGGGGGAGCCCACUCUGUCUCUCUCUUGCAGUGACAAGCUUGCCAGGUGGGCAGUGCUAGGUUUCCAGGGUGCUCUGCUCUCCCAUUACCUACAGGGGGCAGUCUACUUCAGUGCAAUAGUGGUGGGGAGAUGUCCAUACAGCCAUCAGACCAUGCAGAGAGCUCUGAUCACCAGGUGUUCUGAGGUGACAGCCCUGCCUGCUGGCUUCAGAGUGCAGCCUCCAGAGCUCCUGCAGUCCAGCCUGGAGUUUGCUCACAGCCAGGCACAGACUGAGCACAAUCAUCAGCCCGGCAAGGGCAGAGUCUCACCUUGUGGCGCAGUGGUGUUGCAGACUCUGGGGCCUUUCAGAACAGCUAUCAGCUGGUGCGCUGUAUCGGAUCAGCCACUAGAUGUCACUGCUAAUGGCUAUAAACAUGGAGUGACCAAGAAGGCUCUGGGCACAUCAAAAGCAAGGUCUCUUAUUUGCAAAGUGGAACUAUUUCAUUCUUUCCUGUCACUGCUGGCUGUCACUGACAAGUCCCACCUCCCUGAAUCUCUAAGAUGGGAUAAGGCAGUGUGCAGAGUGAUGGCGAUUGCAUCGUUUGUGGAUCUAUUGGGGCGGUAAGCAAAUUGAAGUCGGUCUAGGGUGGGUAAGGUUGAGGUGAUCCUUGACUAGUCCCUCAAAGCACUUCAUGAUGACAGAGGUGAGUGCUACGUGGCAAACACUUAUUGACUCAAGACAUUUCAGCUUUUUAUAAAUAAAUAAAAAACUAAUUCCACUUUGACAUUAUAGGGUAUUGUGUGUUAAGGCCAUUAUUAAGACAAAAUCAGAAUUUAAUCAAUUUUAAAUUCAGGCUCUAACACAACAAAAUGUGGAAAAAGCCCAGCGGUGUGUCUUACGUCAGUGUGUCGCUUAGGAGUGACACAAUCUGACGUAAGACAAUGCCCACAGAGGACAGGAAUCCUUGGGGUAUGCUUCCACACCCUGGGAAAAAAUCUUUAAUUUCCUCAGUAGCAUGACAAGGGUUCAUUCCACAUAAAUAGAAUGACUCAUUCUUAUUCUAUAGUUAAUUUAUCUAAUGUCUUGUGAUUUAAGAGGUUAAUAUGCCAUGGUAACUGCCACUGUUCUGUGUUUGUUGAUUGUGUCUGUAGGGGAAAGGAGCUCCAGACGUACUGGGACUACAAGCAGGUGGCUCAGUCGUACCAGCAGGCCUCGCUGCAGCUGCGCUCACAGGCCUUCCCACU